CCCGCUGCCAAUGCUGGACAGUUCCAGAUCCUGCAGGGACGGCGCUGGGUGUGCGCAGCAGCUCUCCACACGUCCACAAGGAGGAAAUGACUUGGCCACGAUCUGAAGGAGGUGCGACCUGAGGUGACUGUUUGAUCGUCCCUCUGCCUCGCCUCCGCCUCGGAAACCGGAGACAUUUCAGCUCAGGAGCGGAUGAAACGGGACUUCAGAGGGUCGAUGGAUAAAAGGUGAACGGAUGGGAGAAAGCUGAUGGUAUUGUCGGUGAAGUAAACUCAGCCCGGCUGCUUCGUCAGGAUUGCGCUUGCCUUACGUAACGGAGCUUUGUGGAAGGGACCGGCAGGGAAACUGCUGCUGCCGAGCUGUUUAACCACAACGAGGACACGCAAGUGAAAACAGAGAGUUCGAGGCACAAGUUCAUCCAUCGACUCAGCAUGAUCAGUGAAGAGGCUGUCUUCCGACACCAGUGAGCACGUCAAGAUGAACGAGGGCCGCAGGCAAGGAGGAGGAGCCGUCACUGUUGAGGCUACUGUCAUCCUCCACGCCGUGAACCCUGAGCUCGACAAAGAUGAGAAUUCAUGUCCACGUUACGUCCAGGGAUUCCUGCAGGACGACCAGGAUUUCAACCCUCCUACUGUGUUCGAGAAGGAAUACCUCCUGGAUGGAAGACUGAUGGAUAAUAACCAUAUCGAUCACCAGAAAGGUAACGGCUCGUACAUCUCGAGAGCUGACCAGUUUCAUCUCUCUGAUGACAAGGGUGAUCUGGACCUCCUUCCUCAUGCUGACUCCACUGUGUCCAACCACAUUGCUGGCAUGCAGCCAAGUUGUGCGAGCGGUGAAAUCCACAAUGGUGCCAGAGCUAAAGUGUCUUACAGUGCAGAUUCCUCUGUGUGCUUGUCUGGCCAAGCCAAACAGGAAACUGAUCGGUCAGUCCUAAAAUCGAACCUCGAGCGCAGGGACAGCAGCCAGGAAGCUGAAAAUACACAGUCUGAAAAAAAGCCUGAUUUAGUCAUCGAAGUCGGCGGGCAGACGAUCAACGCUCACAAGUCUGUCCUGGCAGAGAAGAGUGACUACUUCAAAGCCCGGCUGUCACGAGACAUCCUGAAAGUGAAGGGGGUGAGCUACAAGACUCUGUCUACGUUGAUAGACUAUGUUUACACUUGUCAGAUGAAUGUUUCUAAGGACAAUGUUGUAGAUGUCAUCACGGGGGCUAAAAUCCUGCAGAUCCCCUGUGCGGUCCAGGCGGCCAUGGACUCCAUGUCGGAACAAAUCACUGCAGAGAACUGCUACGAGAUUCUGAGCAUCGCAAAGAAGCAGCGACUUAGUGAACUGAAGGAGACCGCCUAUGGAUUCAUGAGCGACAACUUCCUCCAGAUCCUCAAAGACCCCUCAGUGUACGGGCGUCUGACCGGAUCGGAGCGGGAUCUGAUCCUGAAGAAGAGAAUGGAGGGGAGGAAGACUCUGAUGGUUUCAGAGAUAAACGAUGUGUUUGAUCGUGUUGGGAGCCGGCCGCCAAGCCGCUGUGGCAGCCGGCCACAGAGCCCCUUGUCUGUGGGGUCUUUUGAGGAGAACCACAUGAUUUACUACUUCAACGAAACAGCAAAUGACUGGAGACCUUUGACUGUGAUGCCUGAGGACGUAAACACUAAAGGGUGUGGUAUCUGCACAAUGUAUAAUUACCUGUUUGUGGCAGGGGGGAUAAAGGGCUACGGGGACAAGGGCAAGGUUUCAGACAAGGUCUUCUGUUACAACCCCAUAACCAACCGCUGGGCCGAGGUCCGCCCUCUGAACCAGGCUCGUGCCCAGCUAAAACUCGUGUCUAUGGAUGGCUACCUGUACGCCAUCGGAGGGGAGUGUUUGUUUACAGUGGAAAAAUAUGACCCUCGUAUGGACCGCUGGACCACAGUGGCCCCCUUGCCCAAAGGAGCCUUUGCAGUGGCCCACGAAGCCACCACCUGCAGCGGAGAGCUGUACGUUUCCGGGGGCUCUCUCUUCUACCGCCUUCUCAAGUACGACCCUAAGAGGGACGAGUGGCAGGAGUGCCCCUACAACAACAGCAGGAAGAAGUCUACAGACAUGGUGGCUUUGAAAAGCUUCAUCUACCGCUUUGACGUCAACCGCGAGCAGGGGAUCAACGUGUUCAAGUACAACACAAUAGUGAAAAUGUGGCACGAUUGCGCAUCGCAGAGGCUUGGAAGCCAUUUACCAUUUAGGUGUGCAGUUAUUGGCAAUUGCAUCUACUGUGUGAACAAAACCCAGACUCUUCAGUUUAUAGUGGAGGAGGAGAAUGCUUACUUUGUUGAGGAGACACUGAGGGCGCCUUUGGAGGCAAAAGGCAUUCUUUUUCCUUUUGUUCUCACUUUGCCUGAAAAGCCUGAAAAAGUCACAUAGGGGGUGUGAUCCAGGGUGAAAUGAUGUGUCAUAGCAAAACUGGAAAUAAGCAGAAGACCUUAAAUACACUCUUCAAUGUCAGCUUUCUAUCUCAGUGUCUCAUUGCCUGCUUGCAAUGGAAUGUGUGUAUUUGCAUGGCAAUUCAAUGUGUCUACAGGGUUAAGCCUUAAAAGGAAAACUUUUUCAGUGCUGAAUGAAUGCAACAAUAUUUGUAUCCGACUAUAGAUAAUGACAUGAUGAAAGUGACAGUAGAUUAUUUUGUGCAGUUCCUGUAUUCAGUUUUGUUUGGUGCACUUUUGUAGUUAGAAACAGAUGUUAUUUAGAACAUAUUAACUAGUUGACUGGUGACUUUGGUAACAAAACAAGUGUUUUGUUGAAAAUGGUGUAAAGUAUGGAUGGAAGCAGUUAUUGUGCGCUCUAUGAACGAUGCAACACAGGUUCUAUGCAAAUGAAACAGAAAAUACAGGUGGGUCUGCUGUAAUGCUGCGCUAUUUCAAUUUGACCGGAAAGAGUACCAUACUCUUCAAAACCUCAUUUACACUGCCUUUGAAUUGACCCUGUAAAACAAGGUCACAUAACCAUUAGUGGAAAAAGCUGCUGUAUUGUCCUCUAAACCACACUGAUAUUCCCCUCGCAAUGCAUUUGAGGAGCGUAUUGUUAUUAAUGUAAUUCAGGGGACCUUUUCAGUCCAAGCAAAUUCAUCAUUUUCAGAAUAUAUAUUAAUAUUAAUAUAUAUUAAUAAUAGAUUCAGAGUAUAAUAUUUUGCUACGCUGUCCCAGUUCUUACAUUUAGCACAUUUGCCAAAGAGAAAUAACUAGUCAGUCAGGCUAUAGUGCAGCUAUCAAACUGACAAAUAUUUUUCACAUCUUUUGUAGAUUAAGUUCUUCAUAAACAGCAAUCCUGUGCAGCACCACAGUCAUGU